CCCAGAAUCCUCUGCGCUAAGGCAAGAUGGAAGAACCCAGCAGCUGCGGGAGAACAAUGUUUUGGCUCUAGAUAUCGAAACGGACAGCUGAGGGUGAACUACGCGAGCCAAAACAGCAGGUCAUGGUCCUGCACCGGAUGACACUGAUUACCACCCCAUAGUUUUCUUGCCCGCCGGCAUACACCAUGAACAUCAUUCAAGACAAACUAGGCAAUGAAUACCUGCGCUCCAACGGGAGCAUGGACUCCAAUUUCGGCCCUGGCAUGAUAAUGUUCAGCCACCUCCCCCCGGUGACCAGCUUCACCCGGCUGGCCGCCCACUCGGUCAUGCAGGACCUUCCACCGCAAGAAAUGAUCCUGAAGAAGGAGCGUGACUCGCCUGACUGCAGCAUGGGCAGCCAGGGUGGGCGUAUGGGGUGUGUAGGAGUGGGAGACUAUGUUCACUCCAUGGGUAUCAAGCAGGAGAAGCUGUCAGAGCACGAUUAUCGCCUGCCAGUUUACCCUGGAGGGCUCGGGAAGAGCACAGAGCUGCUGGAGGUGACCGUCAGUAACAACCAGAGCCUGCUGGUGCAUGAACUCAGCAUGGGAAACCUGCCGAGUCAGUUAGGAAAGGAGCCCACUGGGAGAAAAGGUCGAAGGUCAAAUGGUGAUGGACAGGAGGUUAGACCAAAAAAGAAGAGAAGCGAGGCAAAGCAAUCAAUGAUGCUGGAUGCAGAUGGAGGCUGUCUGUCGCCGGGAACCAAGCCGCACAUCUGUGAGCACUGCGCUGCAUCCUUCAGAAGCUCCUAUCACCUACGCAGACACGUCCUCAUCCACACAGGUGAAAGACCCUUCAGAUGCAGUCAGUGCAACAUGAGCUUCAUUCAGAAAUACCUUCUCCAGCGACACGAGAAAAUUCACAGUGGAGAGAAGCCAUUCAGCUGUGACCAGUGUAACAUGCGUUUCAUUCAGAAGUACCACAUGGAGAGGCACAAGAGGACUCAUAGCGGAGAAAAGCCCUACAGAUGUGAGACCUGCCAACAGUUUUUUUCUAGGACAGACCGACUGCUUAAGCACAAGCGAACCUGUGGAGAAGCCAUAAAGAAGGGGCUGGAUCCUGGGAUGAUGGACCUGGGUUGUGUAAACUUGGGACAUGGCAGCUAUGGGAGCACUCAGGUAAAUGUUGGACAUACUGGGAGAAAGAGGGGAAAGUCCAAAAACUCUGGAGAGGGAGGAGAGCGCAAGAAGAAGAAGGGGGAUGCAGGAGGGAUGAGGGUACCGCACAUUCAUGGGACUGUACCUGAAGUCUACAGCAUCCACGAUUACUCGGUGGAGAAUCAAACGGUGUCUUCCUCUACUGAGCCAGGACCCAGCAUGCAGCAGGGCCACCACGGCCAAGCUCCAAAGAUGGCAUUCAAGAAGGCUAAUCGUAAGAGCCUGGAUAAAAUGGAUCUGGGACAGGCCAAAGCAGGCUCGUUGGAGCAGAAUGAUGGCAUGGAUGGCCUUGGACUCAUGCAUGGUAACGGGGCUAAAGUAGGGCCCACCAGCAGCAGCAACUACGACGAUGCCAUGCAGUUCAUCAAGAAAAGACGCUACCUUCACGCAGCAAACAAUGCAAACUCCUCAGGGCCAGUGGUGGCUGGAGGAACCAGCAGUGAGUAUGAUGUCGGCGUUGGUCACUUGUCUUCCCAGCAGUCUGUCAUUCAGGGUGUCGUUUCCAGUGUGAUGGACAGUGACGCGCCUCUGGGUCUCGACAAGUCGGGGAUCCCAGAUGAGGUGCUGCAGAGCCUCCUCGACCACUACACCCAGAAAUCUGACAGUUCGCACCACGACAUUCACUUUGACAUCAGUGACCAUCACGUGGAGCUGCACCCCAGCUCAGCAGACGGCACCGACAUGGGCCACAACACUGACACCCCCAGCCCUUCUGGAGAGAAGACUGUCAUGAUGCACGAAUACUCUCGCUUCCUGCUGCAGGCUUUGGAGCGCACCAGCCACAGUGCCAGCUUCCCUAUGGGCCCCGGGCCUCCCGCCUCGGGACCGUUCACCAGUUCCCACCCGGGAAACCCCCUCUACGCUGACAAGAACAUGUACACUACGUCCCCACUGGAGUGUGGGUUUGGCCAGUCAGUGUCCUCGCCUUCGCUGCCCUCCUCUGUGCCAAAGUCCCACUUUGCGAUGCUGACGGGCUCCUCACCACAGCACAGCUUCCACCUGAGCAGCCUGGAGGCUUCCACACACCAGCAGCUCACCCCUUCUCAGGAGCUCACCGAGCAGAUGGAGAAGCAGCACUCCUCCACUCCCCCUUCCUCCUACCAGAUUAGCCCAUCUGACCUGAGCAGCCAGAAGGACCAAAUGCCGGUCAAGAAUGGCACGGUGGUCUAUCAUCUGCCCCCCUCGCAGGAUCUGGCCUCUUUGGACUCCUCCAAGCCUUCCUACCAGAUAGAAAACUUUGCCCAGGCCUUUGGCUCCCAGUUCAAGUCAGACGGCCGUGGCCUGUCUUACGGCACUGACUCUAGCGGGGAGGUGGAUCACAGGAUACGGACACCUGUGUCUGAAUUCUCAGGGUAUAGUAGUUUAUUAUCUGAUGUCAAUGAGCCAGUAAGUACAGGUUCCAAAACUACAACAAGCCAAAGCUACAGAUGAGAGCCUGAGAGGGAGAGAACACUCGGUAAAGUUAAUGUUCUUAUUUUAAUUUUUUAGUGCUCCUAUUUUAUUAUUGUAAUUAUUAUUUUUUUUAAAGUGACAUGCUUUUAAUUAUACUGAUGCUCUGUUAUUGUGCCCACUCCUCUCCCCACAGAAAGCCCACAAGGCUUCCUGCAAAUGCAAUUUUUUUUUAAGUAUCUGUUAUUUUUAAGUUAAUAUGUAUUUACUGUUUAUUCUUGUCAUAUUAGUGGCAUUAGGUCUGGUCAUGAAUCAUGAACUGAAAGUGCUUUUUGAAUAAGCAUAGAGUAGCACAGGACAUAUUUCUUUUACAAUGAGCUGAAGUGUUUGAGCAAUCAACUUUACAAUUGUAAAAUAAUAAUGAAAAUAACCAUGAUGGCAGGGAAUAGCCCAGAGUUUAAACAGCAAAAAAAAAGUAAUUGUCUGUUACAAGGUUUAAAGUAUUACUCAGGAAAAAGUGAAAAAGGAGAAGCCUACGAGGUGCAGUGAACGCUCUUUUCAGAAGUUUAAGCUUGCAACUUCUAAGAGGAUUUUUCUUAUGUUUUAUUACUUGUUGAAUGAGUGUGACAUAAACAGACUGCUGCCAGCUCACUUGAGCACUGAAAACACUUUCUACUUGGCUAUAUAGAGAUUAUGGUACUUUCGUGUCAAUGUGAAAUUCAUGUUUUCUUCAAUAAGGGCCAUAUAUAUAUAUAUAUAUAUAUAUAUAUAUAUAUAUAGUAAUGUAAAAUAACAGAUUUAAUCAUUCUGGAAGACUGCCAGUUGAAGUAGAGGAUGAAUGAGGGCUGGUUAGGGGGGGUAAUGUUGUCCUUGGUAUAUUUUUGGAGAACAAAAGUGAUGUUAAGGCUUUUUUUUGGUCAAUAGAGGUUGCUGUUGGGCAGUGAUAGAAUGCCCUUCCCCUUUUCCUGCCCUCCGCUUCUUCCUCGGUUAUCUAAUUUCUUUAAAAUAAUCCAAUUAGCACUUUGAGCCGUUUUCUUACAUUGCGUAAAAUACUCCGUUGGAUCAAGGAAGCUCAAACGUCAGGAAUGGACUGGCUUUUUGACAGAGAGAUGUUGUUUGGGCGUAUGCAGAUGGGGUUUCUGGGUUGAACAUAUUCUGGGUGUAUAAUAUGGAUACCCUUUUGUUUGGGUAGCAUGGUUUAUAUAGGGAUGGUGGGCGGCAGGGGGGAGGGAGGGAGUGGCAGGGUUAUGUGAAAGUGGGAUUUUUCAUUGACAUUUUCUCUUUCUCCUUACUUUUAGGGAGGGUUUAGAUUGGGAGAGAGGGCGGGAGGGGGGGACUUUUAAAAUACAGUAACAUUUAAUCGGGAUAAUGUAAAUGUAAUUCAAACCUCUAGUUUUAGUUUUGACUUGUUACCCAACUUAGAAGCUUUGCUUUCUUAUUAAAAUUGAUGACAAAUGUGUUAGUGAUCAAUUAUUUCUUCAGCUGUUACUGAGAGGCAGCCGUAUGCAUUAUGAGCAAAAAGGUGGCUGACCAAAAAUUUGUAUGCGUUUAGAUAUUUCACACGUGCUGGCAGUACCAAGCAUAUAUGUCCCGUUAGAAAUUGGGUGCCUAUUCCUGAGAAGUGCAGGUGCAAGAUAUUGUCUAGUAAAUGUUAAAUGUAAUUUCUUGCUGAUUUUUAAAUGUAUUUAUGCUGUACGAUUCUUUUGUAAAGACAACAAUAAGGAAGCUGUCUUCCAUUGCCACUGGCCUUGAGUGCUGGAAAUGAUAUCACUCUGCUGAAUGAGUCUUUAAACCCCUUUAUGCCCUGAUGGCCUGUUGUUUUAAGCAAUCAUUAAACAUGGCAGAGUGAAUGCAAUGCUGUAAUAUCUUAAAUAAUGUUGCCAUGCUGAACAGUUGAGGCGUUAACAAGAAUUUGCCUCGCGUAUACCUCAUAUCACAGUAAACCAGAGACAAAAGAGUGAAGGUUUGAUGUAUGUAGCAGAGAUGCUGUUGUAUGUAAAAAGAAAAACAAACAGAAAUUGUCAUGUUUCUGUGACUAGUUUAAAACAUCUGUCUACAUUUAUGUGACCCACUAAGAAGUUGUUGCUUUUAACGGUUUCUGCAAAUGUCUCAUGCCAACCAGUGUUCAGUCUCUUCAGUUUGACCUCCUCUCCUCUAGAUCUGAUUUGCCAUAUUAUUUCAAUAUGCUUAUUGUUUACAAAAGAAGUACAAAACACUACAUCUUACUUAACUGAAUUUUGACCCCUGUACAAAUUUUAUUUUACUAUAUUUCUUUCCCUUUUUGUUUUUAUCACCGCCAAAUUUUUGUAGCUGAUGAUAUCUUCCAUUUUUAUGUUCUUUCAGCUUCUUGUGAUGUAUUUCACAAGGCUGUACUUGUCCAAUGAAUUUAAAACUGAUUAGGGAGAAAACAAUAAAAAAUGCUGUUAUCAAGA